GAGGCCUUUGCUUUGCAUAUUGUUCUUUCUUUCCCUUUAUAUAUAUAUAUCUAUAUAUUAAUUUUAUUUUAUUUUUCUUCCUUACUUGCUUUUAUUGUUCACUUUAUAUCUGUACUUUACUUUGAUCCAAGUUCUUCUUCUUCUUCUUCUUCUUCUUCUUUGGCUCUCUGUUUCACACUAGCUCUCUGAAGCUUCAACAAUGGCAGACAUUAUCCACCCUCCCAUGGAACAACUACAAGACCUCGAAUACUGUAUAGACUCCAACCCACCUUGGGGGCGUUUAAGUUUGAAGCACUGUCAUUUACAGACUAACAGACCAGUAGAAGAAGAAUAAUAUAUAUAUAUAUAUAUAUAUAUAUAUAUAUAUAUAUUAUUAUUAUUUCCAUUUGAAGAAAAAUGUUGUGGUUUUAGAUUCUUUUUCGCCUUUUUUUGGUUGAUACCAGACGGGCGACAGAGACAAAUGGAUGAUGAUACCGUAACUUUAAGUUUUAUGAUUAUUGUGAAAAUUUUGAAUUUUGAAUUUCUAUUAUUUUGAGACCAGUGAAACUCUCCUAUAAAGCGCUUUUGUUUAUUUAUUGAGAAAUUAUAUAGCAUAACAAAUGGGAAUAUAAAUCACAAUAAUGGGUGGUUUUGAAGUUUCAAAGUUUCUUUCAGUUAUCUUUCGUAUAUGAAACAGAGCUUUUGUAGCCAUCAGACUUUGUAUUGUACAAGACUUGUUAAUGGCGUUUUUUAUUUACUAUUCUACGGUCCAAAGCAAAGCUUCUUCGUUUGCUUGUGGAAUUUCUCUCAUUCUGUAUCAAGCUGAAACCAUACUUUUAGCAUUUCAAAACUACAUCAUGAUGCUGGGAACAAGUGUAAUGAUACCCUCAGUUCUUGUCCCUGCAAUGGGAGGAAGCGAUGGUGACAAGGCACGAGUUAUACAGACUCUACUCUUUGUAGCUGGAAUUAAUACUCUUCUUCAAGCCCUUUUUGGAACCAGAUUGCCAGCGGUUGUUGGAGGCUCCUUUGCUUAUGUCAUUCCCAUAGCUUACAUAGUAAACGACUCCUCAUUGCAACGGAUUAGUGAUCCUCAUGAAAGAUUUAUACAAACAAUGCGAGCUAUACAAGGAGCACUAAUUGUAGCUUCAAGCAUACAAAUCAUCCUAGGUUACAGCCAACUUUGGGGUCUCUUUUCGCGUUUCUUCAGUCCUCUUGGUAUGGCACCUGUGGUUGGAUUGGUAGGCUUGGGAUUGUUUCAACGAGGGUUUCCCACUUUGGGAAAUUGUGUGGAAAUUGGAAUUCCAAUGCUGUUGUUGGUCAUUGGAUUAUCACAGUAUUUGAAGAAUGUGAGACCAUUUAGAGAUGUUCCCAUUUUUGAAAGAUUUCCAGUAUUGAUCUGUGUCACAAUUGUAUGGAUCUAUUCCCUCAUCUUGACUGCCAGUGGGGCCUACCGAAACAAGUCUGGUAAAACCCAAAUCAGCUGCCGUACAGACAGAGCAAAUCUCAUAUCUACUGCCCCAUGGUAUAUAAAAGAGCAACUUUACUUCAAUACAAUUGCCUUUUUUACCUGGUUCAGAAAUCUCAAUAUGUUACAUUAUUUUAGGUUCAAGUUUCCAUAUCCUCUGCAAUGGGGGCCUCCUACAUUUUCUGCAGGUCAUUCUUUUGCAAUGAUGUCAGCUGUCCUUGUUUCAAUGGUCGAGUCAACUGGCGCAUACAAGGCCGCAUCAAGACUGGCAAUUGCCACUCCUCCUCCUGCUUAUGUAUUGAGCCGGGGUAUUGGCUGGCAGGGAAUUGGUAUCAUGCUUGAUGGUCUUUUUGGAACAGGGACUGGUUCAACUGUUUCUGUGGAGAAUGUGGGACUUCUUGGAUUGACCCGAGUAGGAAGCCGUAGAGUUGUCCAAAUUUCUGCUGGCUUCAUGAUAUUCUUCUCUACCUUAGGUAAAUUUGGAGCUGUAUUUGCAUCAAUACCCUUCCCUAUAUUUGCUGCACUAUACUGCAUUCUCUUCGGUCUUGUGGCUUCAGUGGGUAUAUCAUUUCUUCAAUUCACAAACAUGAAUUCUAUGAGAAACCUCAUCAUUGUUGGACUUUCACUGUUCCUUGGUAUAUCUGUCCCACAAUUUUUCAAUGAAUAUUGGACGCCAUCACGUGAUGGUCUGGUUCAUACUAAUGCUGGUUGGUUUAAUGCAUUUUUGAAUACCAUAUUCUCGUCUCCUCCAACUGUGGGUUUGAUCGUUGCCGUAUUUCUCGACAACACAUUGGAGGUGGAAAAAUCAAAGAAAGAUAGGGGAAUGCCAUGGUGGGUGAAGUUCAGAUCAUUUAAAGGAGAUAACAGAAAUGAAGAGUUCUACACUUUGCCAUUCAACCUCAACAGGUUUUUUCCACCUACAUAGCAAGUUUCAUCAGAGGCAGCAAAAGCUACUCAAACCCUUCUGCAUUCCAACUCCGAGGUUCUAACAUAAUGAUGAGUUUUUCCUUAGAAUAGAUAAAACCAAAGAUCAAGCUAAACAUCCUAGAAGAGUUACAAAGUUCAAGCAUCAAAGUCAUUAUUCAGCAGCAUUUCAUUAUUAUUUUUUUUUUUGUGGACCUGUGUUUAAAUGGGUCUGAAUACUAGGAUUGUAAAGCAUUUGAUCCUUGCUUUUGUAGAUCCAAUAAUAAUGUAGGCAUAUCAGUUCUCUCCUUCAAUCUCUCUCUCUCUUGCAAUGUUUGAUGUGACAAUGAUCUCUUGUUGCUAAGCCAAAGCUUUUCAUAUUUUAUAUGCAAGAAUAUACAAGAAUAUUGAAGCAAUGAACAUAUUUUCAAACAGAAAAACUCCCCCGCAAAGGAGGAAAUCAAAUAUAUUUUUCUAUUCAAACAAUACUAAUUCAUUAAUAUACAUAUAAAAGAUUGACCUGAGUACAAUUCUCAAAAGAUAAUUUUUUUUUUUUAAUAUCAGAUUCUGUAUGGUUAAAGAGAUAACAAACAAGAUAUCAAUUUAUUAUUUGAAUAGUUAUUCAAAAACAAAUUUAUAGAAAAUUGUUUCUUUGAUCAUUCAAAAAUUUUUUUUAAAAAAAUAAAAUUUGCUUAUCAAACAUUUAAAAAAAAAUAAAAUUGCUUAUCAUACAGUU